UCGGUUGCCAUGGGGAAGAAGCGGCUCAUCACCGACUCCUUCCCGGUGGUGAAGAAGAAAAGGGGGCGUCGCGGCCUGGAAGACCCCCUUAAGGGGGAGGAGGAGGAGGAGGAGGAAGAGGAGGAAAAGGAGGAAGAGGAGGAAAAGUUGGAAAAGGAGGAAGAGGAGGAAAAGGAGGAAGAGGAGGAGGAGGAGGAGAAGGAGGAGCAACAGAAGACUGCAGGCCCAGGGGAGUCGCUGCAGCCGCCCGUGGAAGAGGCCGUGUUGGACCUACUGAGGCAGUUUGACUUGGCUUGGCAGUUCGGGCCUUGCACGGGAAUCACCCGCUUCCAGCGCUGGGAAAGGGCGGACCACCUGGGCCUGGGCCCCCCAACAGAGGUUCUCCGGGUUUUGUGGGAACAUCCUGGAAACCCCAGCGUCCAGUACAGCCUCUGGCACCCGUACCCACUGUGACUGGCGCUGCCCACCCGCUCCUCCUGCCACCUACACCGAAGGCUACCUCCUAGACGCUCAACUCCACGAGCCAGGGAUCCUAGCUACGGACUGUAUUAUACUGCACCCGCCAAGUGCCUAAUUCAGCGCUCUGCACACCGUAAGCGCUCAAUAAAUUCCGUUUAACGUGGCCA